GCGAUGGCAACUUUCGCCACAUCCUCCUUUGACAACACCAUCUACGCGACUUUCAGGCCGACCUACCCCGGGCCCAGGUCCCUGUUUAACUUCAUAUUCCGGUACCACGAGCGCAAUGAGGGUGCAAUAUGGGAUAGAGCAGUGGACCUUGGUUGUGGAACGGGUCAAGCAACUGUCGAACUCACACCCUUCAAGCGCGUCACUGGCAUCGACCCAAGUUGUAAGAUGAUCGAAGUUGCUCAAGAUGCCCUCCAGAAAACCGCCCGAUACAUACAGGCGAGCGCAGAGAGUCUAACAUUCUUGGAGGAUAGCAGUGUGGAUCUAGUCAUUUCCGAACAAACAUGGCCUGAGCUUGCAAGAGUGCUGAGGAAGAAUGGGAGUUUCCGCUUCGCCCACUAUCCCUCACUCACACAGAGAAUUAAGACUUAUAACAAAGGCACUGACCCACUGAACAGCAUUUGUCCAUACUGGGAGCAACCCGGCCGUUUUAUUUUAGAUAACCACUUGAUUGAAGUGCCAGAUGGCAAUGAAGUUGUACCUGGUGCGUUCAGUGAUUCCGAGGGAGUCUUCUUCACAGGCGACUACUACCCAUCCCUCCCUUCUCCACGCUCGGUGAUAAUGCGCAAGAAGACGACGUGGGAUGACCUGCUAUCUUGUCUUAAUACGGGGAGCUCGUUGCACACGUUCCGUCAGCAUAACCACACGGAUGGGGAAAACCCGCGUGGAGAUGUUGCAAUGCGGUUCUGGAAAGAUCUUAAGGAGGGUGCCGAGCGGGAGGAUGGGAGACCCGUGGAAGGACAUGAUGAAGUAGACGUCGAAUGGCCGCUGGCAAUGAUAAUGGUCAAGAGGUUGUAA